AUGCGUCUACUACAUUGUGCUCUUCCCCUCGCUUCUCUCUGCGCUCCUGGAGUACUGGCUCAAUUUCUGGGUCCAAGCUACCCAGCCCCUCGAGACCUCACCAGCGAUUCCAGCCGUGUCGCCGCCAGCUGGAAGAAGCUAGACUCAACCCUGAAAGCGAGUCUUAGUCGUCGCAAUGCAAGUGAUAACAGCGAAUUAUCCCAAUUGAGAGAUGUGACCUUCUCCGUUGGCAUGUUCUCGACCCAUGACCCAGUAGCCCAGCAGCAUCUCCAAAUUCACCACACUAGCGCCGAAGUCGCGAAUUCCUCAGUGGGGAUAAACAAAGUAGAUGGAGAUAGCAUCUAUCGGAUGGCUAGUGUCUCGAAACUUAUUACUGUCUUUGCGGGUCUUCUAGAACUAGACAGCAGAGACUGGGACCGGUCACUCACCGACAUCUUCCCGGAGAUGGCGGAUUUCGUCCGGGAGAAGUCCAGUGACUUUCAACCUGUGUAUGACACUCAGUGGGAUAAGAUCACCCUCAGCGCAAUCGCGUCACAGAUGGGAGGCAUCCCCCGUGGGGGAAAUGUGGAGCUAUUAGCCAGCUACGUUGUCUCCAGGGCGUUGAACAUAACUGACCCGGCCGAAACUGAUCCCACCUUCUUGGGUCUACCCCCUCUAAAUGAAAGCGACCCAUCCCUCUGGCCAGCUUGCUGGGGAGGUAACCGACCUGUCUGCGCUGAGGUCCCCUAUACGGAAGCGGAGGCUGAUAACUCUCCCGUCUUCCUCCCCUGGGGAAGCCCACAAUAUGCCAAUAACGGGUAUAUUUUACUAGGCAUGGCAAUCGCGAACCUCACCGGCAAGUCCAUCGAUCAAGUCUAUCAGGAGAUCGUCUUCGAGCCUCUGGGAAUGACCUCCUCUCUCAGUGACCCUCCGGCUGAGAACGACCCGAACCGUGCGCGCUCGGUCAUUGCAGGACCUAUCGAAGGAUUUGCGAUCGAUGCCGGCGUUACUAAAGCCUCCGGUGGCCUGUUAUCGACUACCAACGAUCUCGCAAAGCUCGGCGUGGCCAUCCUGAACUCCACCCUCCUUCCCGCGGAUCAGACCCGCAAGUGGAUGAAGCCCGGUACCCAUACCGCAGAUCUGCGAUACUCUGUGGGGAAGCCCUGGGAGAUCUACCGCUACGUCCAUCCGGCCUCAGGAAUUGUCACGGAUAUCUACACUAAAAUGGGUGACUCAGGCAACUACGGGGGUCUUCUGGCAUUCUUCCCGGACUUUGACGCGGGAUUCAGCGUCCUCGACGCAAGUUCCCUUACUACCCGGUCCGCAUCGGCUGCAUACCUGAUGGACUUAGUCAUUGACGCCGUUCUUCCAGCCUUGAUGGAUCAAGCCGCUCUGGAAGCCCAGCGCAACUAUGUUGGAACGUACCGUUCCUCCAAUGCCGGACUAAACUCGUCCUUGACUUUGGCCUUGAGUCCGCCGACGCGGCCCUCACCCGGUCUGGUAGUCACCUCCUGGAUCAGCAACGGCACCGAUAUCAUGCCAUAUUUGGCGUCAAUUCUCGGUGGCAAGGACACGAGACUGGUACCUACCAUUUCUGCCGCUGGGACCACUGGAAAGGUGGCGUUCCGCCCUUACACCCCGACGACGGAAACAGCAGUUGGAUCGCCGCAAAGACUCGUAUCGCGACUGUACGAUGUCAACGACCUGUAUCUACUCGAUAGUACACUAUACGGUGGUCAGAGUCUGUCACUGCUUGUGUUUGACGUUGACCAGGAUGGACGGGCUACGGCAGUGACUCCCCCAGCAUUUCGGGCCACACUGGACAGACAGUGA